AUGGGGUUGCGCUUCGUGUUGUUGCUUGGGAUGGAAACGAAAGCAAACCGUUAUCUGUGCUUCACCGGUGACUGUGCGUAAUACAGGCACAAGCAACAGCAUGGCCACGGUGCAGUCGACACUUAUGUUCACUGUGUGCAUCCUGAUGAUAACAGAGCUGAUACUGGCCAAAAAGGACUACUAUGAUAUUCUGGGUGUACCUAAAGAUGCCAGUGAACGUCAGAUUAAAAAGGCUUUUCACAAGCUGGCUAUGAAAUAUCAUCCAGACAAGAAUAAAAGCCCUGAUGCCGAGGUGAAGUUUCGGGAAGUAGCGGAGGCUUAUGAAACACUGUCAGAUGAGAAGAGGAGGAGAGAGUACGAUCGGCUCAGACAGAGCGCUUUCUCCGGCGAAGGCACGAAAGGAGGAAACCAGCACUUCCAGCAGUCAUUCGACUUUAACUUUGAGGACAUGUUCAGAGACUUCGAUAUCUACAGCCAAAACAGGCACGCGCGCCCCAGACGGAGCUUCGAGGAGCAUUUCCGGGCUCACCAGACCAGCCAGAACCGCCACAAGAGGCACUUCCAGGGAGCAUUCGGAGCUGGGAUCUUUGAGGAUCUGUCUGACGACAUGGAAAGAAUGUUUACAUUUGCCAGACAUGCCAAGCGGACCGAGAGCAGGUUUCACGGCAUGGCGAAGCAGCACUGCAGGACUGUGACUCAGAGACGGGGGAACAUGGUGACCACCUACACGGACUGUACCUCGUCCUGAGUGUCACAUCCUCAGUAGAGUUUUCUCCUCACCUAGAGUUAAGCUAAUUUUGUCUUGAUGAGACAUACUAAUUUAUAAAGCUGCUGCUGAGAUGAAUUAAGCGCAAUGUAGUGUAUCAAUUACCAAGUUAUGAUGAGCACUAUUAGGGAUUUUCAGUUUACGAACUGACAUUGAUAACUGACUUCUUUCAGAAUUACAAAACGAUGGCUCUCCUGUUGUUGGGCGAUGUAAGAUUUAGGUUGAACUUGAUUGAAUGAUUAGUUACAUGUGUUACAAUAGAUUGUGUUUGAGUUUCUUUUGUUUUGCAAUUGCUUGAAAGGUUUAUUAUUUUUUUGCAGUGCGUAUGCAUUAUGAAGUACUUUUUGACGUUAUUCUGUGCUCCAGGGUGGUACCCAGUCCUGUGUUUUAGUUGUUCAGAGACCUAGUUUAUUAGGCAAAGAAGUGUGAUAGCAGAGUACGUCCUAGGGACAGGAAUCACCAGUCACCUCCCGAUACAAUUUUAUUACAAUACCUACAGUAGGUGCGGAUUUAAUUUAUAUUAUGAUUCUGUAUACCUAAUACGGUACUGCAUUUUUCCCAGAUGUAUUACAAUUUUUAAGACCUUAAACUCUUAAAGAAGGUUGAGUCAUAACUCAAAAGCUUUACACCGUAUCUUUCACAACUAAACAUAAGUAAGUAAAUUAAGUCCAUUUCUUAUAACAUGAGGCGCAGCAUUUAAACAUUUAGUUUAGCAAUUAAUCCAAAUUAUAUUAAACAAAAAAAGUUACGUUUUUCUUGAGCAGCACAUAUCUCUAUGUCAUCUGCUAUAACUGCUAUUUCUAAAAAAAAAAAAGUAAUAAAGCCAAUAAUUUACAUCUGCCACACAGGAUGAAAAUGUGUAAACUGUUUAGAGUGUAUCACUUGUGGGGUUAUAAAGAAACAACAAUGUUUUGCAUCUCAAAUGCCUCCAAAGUCUCAAAACUCAACUUGCCCAUAAACAUGCAGUUAGAGUGCCUAUGAGCAUGUAGGCACUCGCUUAUUCUAAUGCGGACACAUGGGGCUUCUAACAUGCAAGAUUAUUUGCGCGCAUUGUGUUUUGAGAUUGAGUAAGAGUGUUUAACGAGUGAAUUUCGAGACUAAUUGACAUGCAGAUUUUAGGUUAAAAAAAAAAGCUUUUAACCGUUCGAUUUUUUUAAUGUAAUGCCAUAAAAUCUGUUUCUGUUGCACCACUUGGAGGCUUGUGCACUUGAUACAGAAUCGGUUAAAUCUGAUCAGCCUAUCAUGACCGAUAAUGUUAAAAAACAGCCGAUCGACUGGUGUGUCUCUUAAAAAUAUCCCUCAGUUGUAGUGCGUUCAGUUACCUGAAAGAAGUGUACGAGUAUAUGAUUGUGUACAGGUGUCCUGCGACCUCAAUGAAAUAUACUUUGGCCAAAAUUUGGCUUUUAGA